UUAUAAGCCAGAUGAUGGUAUAGAUAUAGAUCUGAUAAAAUAUCAAAUAUGCGAAAUUAAGAGAAACAUUGAAAGAGGAUCUACAUUACAAGAGGAAUGUAACUACAAAGGGACGUAAAAUGCUGAAAUAGGACGGUAUUCGUGAAAUUCUGGAUAGCACAUUUUGAUCGGGAGCAAUGGCGGAAAAUACUAAUAUCGAAAGCAAACUGGAAGAGAGAACAACUCCAAGCAGCGCUGGAGUUAAAGACGACGUAGACGAUGAACUCAUUCCUGUCCGAGCAAAUGAAGAUAGUGGGCCAGACUUUAAUAGCAAGCCAAAUGUUGAUGUCGACGUCAUUGUGCUUCAUGAUAACCAUGCAUCCGGAGGUGAUACUGGACAGGACGCAAUCUCGAAGCCAAAUCACGUACACAGUAAUAGCGGGACAGCUAAUACACACGCUGGUGUCGAUUCCGAUUGGCGUGAGGUCUACGAGCCUCCGAUAGACCAUGGGUACGCAUGGUUUAUAGUAGUUGGGUGCUUUCUGAUGAAUGUUUUGUUCACAGGGUCGUUUAAAUCCAUAGGGAUCCUUUUCGUAGAGAUUCGCGAGGAGUACGGCGCCAGUCCGGGAAUUGUGUCGUGGCUGGUUGGCUUGUUUGGAAUAUCAUGGGCCUUAUGUGCCCCGCUUGCAACAGGUUUGGGACGACGACACGGUGCCAGAAGGAUCGUUAUUUUUGGCGGCAUUUUGUGUGCUCUUGGCCCAAUCCUGACAGCGUUCGCUCCGAACAUCAUGGCAGUAAUAUUCUUUUAUGGACUCCUCACAGGAAUAGGGUCUGGUUUUGCGUAUGGCCCAAGCUAUAUUCUGGUAGUACAGUACUUUAACAAACGGAGAAGCUUGGCCAAUGGUAUAGCAGUUGCUGGUUCGUCAGUGGGUCAGCUUCUCUUCCCCCUCCUUCUUAGACAUUUGGUGGACACGUAUGGAUACAGGAACUCACUGAUUCUUAUAGGCGGCAUAAAUCUCAAUAUAGUACUCAGUGGCGCCCUCUAUCGGCCAUUGGACUUCUAUAAGAGGAAAGUAAAAAUACGUAAAACAACUAGCAGGAUCAAAGUAUCUGAAAUCGAGUCUCUUUUAGGGGAUGAUCGUAGCCUUGAUGCAAAGCCAUCCAGUGACUCUAGCAAACUCCCUAUCAAUAAACAAUUGAAAAAAUUAAAAUUGGAAGAUGGUAUUAAUUGUUCCAGCGAGAGCUUGAAAGAUGUUAAACUUGAAUCUGAAAAGUUGGUCGACUCUGAAGACGAAGCUGGUAGUAUCCACGAAGGGAAAAAAUCUGUGUACCGUUACGCGAGCAACUUAUCCCUUGUAGAGGCAUCUGUGCAAGCACACGAGGACCACAUACAGCGUCAACUUAGAGACAGCACUGCGACAGAUAUAGCCCAAAAGAAAUAUGGUUGCCUUAAGACAUGUUUAAAAGGUUCACCCUCAGAGCCGCCCUUGUUCAAUUUCGCACUUCUUAGGAGUGCAGUAUUUAUGUUUUUCGCAAUAUCAGUGAUGGUUAACAACCUAGCAUAUUCUUCCCAGUUUAUGUAUCUCCCACCAUAUUGUAAAGAAAUUGGAAUAUCUAAAGAAACAACGGCAAUGGUGAUGUCUAUAAUGGGAGUAGGCGAUCUCGUUGCCCGAUUAUUCUGUGGUUGGUUUGGGGAUUUGGGCUACAUAGAACGCCGCCAUAUCGUUGCCAUUGGCAUGACAGUACCGGGUCUAAUGUCAAUCAUUUUACCGUUUAUUAAGAGCUAUCCAACGUUCUUAAUCUACUCUAUCAUCAUAGGUGUAUUCGGAGGGACUUUCAUUGCUCUAUUAGCAGUCGUACUGGUUGACUUUGUGGGGAUAGAACUACUAGAGCCAGCGUUCGGCAAUUGUAUGGCUUUCGCUGGCAUUGGAUUCCUAAUAGGACCGACACUAAUGGGCCAGGUCCGCACAGCCACUGGAAAUUACGACUUGCCAUUCCACAUAGGAGGGGUGUUCAAUAUUAUGGGGGCAGUCCUUUUAUUGAUGUAUCCUCUAGCAAAGAAAAUAGACGAUCGUAAAACUAAUUGAACACGAUUUUCACAUUGCUUUUUAAUAUCUACUUUAUCUAUCAAAUAGGUUAAUAUUUUUGGGGAAUUAGACCCACCUAUAUGUGAAUAGCGGCUUAAACGCAAAUCAAUCAUAUUCUACGACAAUUUUGAUCAGUAUAGUCUUAAGACAAGUAACACAAUCUCAAGAACUGUAGUUCACUAAACAUACCGUGUCCUUUGUAAUAAACCAAAGGACCAUCUCAUAUAUCAUUGUAAACGAAAAUAUAAUAGUACGGAAGCAGUACAGGUUUAAGUGAUUUUCCCAUUUAUUUUAAUAAAAGUGUUUACAAGUACAAUGUAUUUAAAGUUUAAACAGGUAA